AUGAUGCGUCAGCUUCAAGAUGGCAUGACGGCGUGCGUCACGGACCAUGGAGCUGUCUCAGAGGCAUUCGCAGUGACCAACGGGGUAAAGCAGGGCUGCGUCCUCGCGCCUACCCUCUUCAGUCUUAUGUUAUCUGCCAUGCUGAUGGACGCCUACCGGGAUGAACGCCCUGGGAUCCGCGUCGGCUACAGGACGGGCGGUCAACUCCUAAACCACAGGCGGACGCACUUCCAGUCGCGUGUAUCCUUAACUACCGUCGAUGAACUUCUCUCCGCCGACGACUGCGCCCUCAACACCACAUCGGGAGGGGAAAUGCAAAGGAGCAUGUAUCUCUUCGUCGCCGCCUGCGUGAACUUUGGCCUGAUCAUUAACGCAGAGAAGGCAAUGGUCAUGCACCAACCACCACCCCCGCUGCCUACACCGUAUCCCAAAUCAACGUGAACAGCGCUCAACUGCAAGUGGUGGACAACUUCACGUAUCUGGGCAGCACCCUCUCCCGCAGCACCAAGUCGACAAUGAAGUGACCCGCCGGAUUUCCAAGGCCAGUCAAGUCUUCGGUCGUCUUCAAAACACAGUUUGGAAUCGCCACGGUCUCUGCCUCAACACUAAACUGAAAAUUACAAGGCGGUCCUCCUGCCGAUGCUGCUGCAUAAAGAGGAGACCUGGACAGUGUACACGAAAAGGCGGGGAGACUCAACCACCUCCACCUCAGCUGUCUCCGUCGGAUACUGAAACUGAGGUGGCAGGACCGGAUCAAGGAUACGGAUGUUCCGGAACGGUCGGGAAUCCUCAGCAUCUACGCUAUGCCGAGACAACUGCACGAGCUCUGGAGUGGUCAUCCGGUGCUCAUGUAAAACGAGCGGUUACCCAAACAACUCUUCGAUGGAGAUGUCGUCACGGGUUCCCGCCGACAAAGGGUUCAAUUCUGUCCCUACAAGGAUAUCCUGAAUACUUUCCAACUAAGAAGACCUCGCCCGGGGCCGACCGAUCUGGCGGAGUGCAGCGAAGACUGGCGCAGGUGUCUACGAAGUCAGCCGCAUCACCGCCGCCAAAUCCAAACGCGAAACUCGUAAAUCUCUACUGCUCCCGCCUCUUACAGCCAACACUCAGCCGCUUCCGACCUGCCCACGAUACCAACGGGCGUUCCGGGCACCAAAUGGUCUCACUGGACACCUUCGUAUCAACUUCUGCACCCGGACGACCCUAUCCGAUGUUUCGCCGUCCACAUCUGCCUCGUCCUCCACACCUACAGUCAACAAUGUCAUCCUCCUCCGCUGCGACGACUGUUUCACCCACCGCCACUGCACUUAAUCCUGACACACCGGCAGACACCAUCCUCACCACCGCCACCACCACCGAUAUGGACUCGAUCCAUACCUGUCUUUAUUGCGAUUGCACCUUCACCUCACACAUCGUCCUGGUCGGUCAUUUGCGAAUGCAUCCCACGGAGGCUGGCAAACCAGUACCUGGAGCACCCACAUACACUCGCCGCAUUCGCCUCUAUUGUGCACACUGCCUCAGCACGUUCACUCAUCGCAUGGGUCUUCUAGGGCACAGGCGCAUCCACGAGAGCGGAAUUCAUCGCAGCCUCGAACACCUAGCAUAUCCUGCGCGUCUAUCACGCCUAGCCCGACCCACACACAGAAGCUCACUGCUCCCACCGCCGGCAGAUUCACCGACCCUGACACCACCGAUCUAUCCUGCCCACACUGUUCCCACACCUUCACUCCACACAUCGGCCUGGCCGGUCACUUGGGGGUCCAACGCACAGAGACUGGCGAACCUGUGCCUGGAGCACCAAAAUACACCCGACGCAUCCGCCUCAACUGCUCCCACUCCGCUUGCAUAUUCACCCACCACAUGGGCCUAUUAG